AGACAGGUGUAUAUUUUGUAGCUUUGUCGCACUUUGUCGAUGACGUGUGCCCCGGUUUUAUAUUUUUUUUAAUAUUAUUCUAAACACCUGGUGCAUGUCAUAUUAAUAUAUAAUCAUGAAAAAUAUAAUAAUUAUCAGCAUUGUUGCUGUUUUUUGUCAAUGUGUAUCUGGAUUAUACUUCCACAUUGGUGAAACUGAAAGAAAAUGUUUCAUUGAAGAAAUACCAGAUGAAACAACUGUUCUUGUUAACUACAAAGUUGAAUUAUUUGAUCCAAGAAGUGGAGGAUUUAUGCCAAGUACACCUGGUAUUGGUAUGCAUGUUGAAGUACGUGAUCCAGAUGAUAAACCAAUUUUAUCAAGAGUUUAUAGCUCAGAAGGAAGAAUAUCAUUUACAUCACAUACACCUGGUGAACAUGUUAUUUGUCUUUAUUCAAACAGUACUGCUUGGUUCAGUGGUACACAGCUGAGAGUACAUUUGGAUAUUCAAGUUGGUGAUCAUGCUAUUGACUAUUCAAACUUGGCACAAAAAGAAAAAUUAUCAAAAUUACAACUCAGAGUUCGUCAACUUCUUGAUCAAGUUGAACAAAUAACCAAGGAACAAAAUUAUCAAAGGUACCGUGAGGAAAGAUUUAGACAAACUUCUGAAAGUACAAAUCGUCGUGUAUUGUGGUGGGCAUUAACACAAUCAGCAAUUCUUCUUGUCAUGGGUUUCUGGCAAAUGCGACAUCUCAAGAGAUUCUUCGAGGCAAAAAAACUCGUAUAAAAAUAUUAUAUUUUGUAAAAACAAUAUUCAUAUCAUCAACACAUUAAACUGGUUUUUUAUUUAAACAUCAAAAUGUGCUUGAUAAGUCACAUCAUUUAUUAAAAAUAUUAUUAUUAUAUUUAACUAAAAAAAAAAUUCAUUAAAUUAGUCUACAGAAACAUCCAGGAUUUGUCAAUUUUGUACAGUAAUUUAAAAUUAAAUUUGAAAUAUUUCCAGAAACAA